AUGCGUUUCUCUCUUGCUGUCGCUGCCCUCGCAGCCGGUGCUGCCGCCGCCGUCGCUCCCCAGGAGGAGGAGCAGACCGUUACCGUCACCGAGUACACCACCUACUGUCCUUCUGCGACCAUGAGCCAGCUUCCUCAGUACACCACCUCUGCUGGCCACUCCUACAGUAUCAGCCGUCCUCUGAUCACCUCCACCGUCACUCACUGCAACAAGUGCAGCUCGACCCCCGUCCCCUCCUCCACCAUCCCCGUCCAGGUCCCCGUCAACACCCCCGAGGUCAACCCCAGUCCUAGCCCCGAGUCCUCUCCCGCCUCUUCUCCUGUCUCCUCUCCCGCCGUGACCAGCUCCAGCUCUUCCGUCGUCCUUGGUGGCUCCUCGCCCACUCCCGUCAUCCCUCGUCCUUCCUCUGCUGAGGCUAUCGGCCAGGGUAGCGCUUCAUCGUCGGCUUCGGGCUCGGCCACCACGCCCUCGUCGCCCAUCUUCACCGGUGGUGCUUCGCGCGCUGCCACCGGUGCUGGGCUGGGAUUGUCGACUGUGUUCGGUCUUGUUGCUUUCUUGCUGUAA